AUGUCCGAAAAUGAAGACUUUGAAUCAUUGAAAGUUCUUGAACUUCAAAAUGAACUUAAAAAACGUGGUCUUGAUACAAAAGGACGCAAGGCAGAGUUAAUUGAUCGGCUACGUCAAGCAGUGAACAAUGGAACUGAAGCUAACGAUCCGACAAUUGAAGAUUCGACACAUAGUGAUGAAGAAUCAAGUGAGGCUGUAAUGAAAGACGAUACAUUAUCUCCAGCAAAUGAUAAUAAAAGCAAUGAUGAUGAACCAGAAGAAAUGUCUGCUGAACCUAACCCAGAAGCAAUGGAAGAACAAGAUGCCCAUGAAUCGCCGGCUAGUAGAAAACGUCGUCUUACUGACGAAGAUAUAGAAAAAGAAAAAGAAAACGACGAAAAUGAAGAUAAUUCAAUUGAUAAUCAAAAUAAGCUAGAAAAAGAUGAUGAAAGUAAUGCUAAUGAUGAUUUAUCAAAACUAAAACGUAAAAAAAAGAGUCGUUGGGGUUCUGAACAAGAUGAAGAAUCAUCAGAAAAACAAUCAACUACAAAACAAACAUCGGAUGACGAUGAUGAUGAUGAUGAAAACGAUGAUACUAUUGGUAAUAAUAGUAGUAGUAGACAUCGAGAACGAGAUCAUGAUCGUGAUUAUCAUCGAUCAUCAAAACAACGGGAUGACGAUCGACAUUAUAGUAGUCGACAUUCAGAAAAGUCAACGGAGAGGGAAAUACCACUUCCAGAAGAAGAAACAGUACAAUUCAAUAAUGAUGAUGUUGUACUUGACUUUUAUACAUCGGAUUUGAAUGUUGCUAUUAAUACCGAUUGUUUAUCAGCAUCGAGUAAAUCAAAUGAUGCAUUAUGUUUCUUAUGGGCUGGUGUUCGUGCCUCAUAUGGAUUUAAACAAGGAAAAAUAUGUUAUGAAAUUCGAAUAACUGACAUAAUAAACUGUUCACAAAUGCCCGAUAGUGAAAAAGAAAAAUUCGGUAUUCGUGUUGGUUGGUCAAAUUUAUCGUCAGGUCUUCAAGCACUCCAAUUAGGUGAAUUUAAAGACUCAUUUGCUUACACAUCAUCGGGUAAAAAAAUGAGUAAAACGAAUGAUGACCUGAUCGAAGAAAGUUAUGGCGAAUCGUUUGGUUUAUCAGAUGUUCUUGGUUGUUAUAUUGAUUUCGAAGAUAAUAGCGAAGAUAAUUUAAUUCGUAUAUCAUUUACGAAAAAUGGAGAAGAUUAUGGCCAAGCAUUCGAAUUUUCUAAAACAAAUUUGAAUGAAUUUUAUCCACAUAUAUUAGUCAAAAACGCUAAAUUUGAAUGUAAUUUUGGACAAUUAGAACAACCCUGGUUCGCAAUGAAACCUGAUUAUACUUUUCCACAACAAGUUCCUCUCGAAAAUCGAAUACGUUGUUCUGAACCUGUUCUAGAAAAGAGUAGCUGUCAAGUUGUUCUUCUUUCGGGCUUAAAUGGAUCUGGUAAAACAACAUGGGCAAAAAAAUAUAUGGAAGAAAAUCCCAAACAAUAUUUCAAUUUGUUAAAUGCGGAAUAUGUGCUUAGUAAAAUGACGAUUGAUGGAAAAUCACCAAUAGUCAAAGAUCGUAAUGAUGGUGUGAUGUUACGUGUUAAUAUUGGUUUACAAAAAUUUAUUGAUAUUGCUGCGCAGCGUCGACGAAACUAUAUAAUUGAUCAUGUAAAUACAACUCGAGAUAGUCAAUCGAAACGUCAACGAUUAUUUACUGGCUAUCAUCGAAUCGGUGUAGUUAUUGUACCUGAUGAUGAUGAAUUGAAACGACGUAUUGACAAAUUAGAAAAAUCAGAAAAUAUUUCUAUACCAUCACAAUGGAUUAAAGAAGCAAAAGCAAAAUUUCAUUUUCCGCAGAAAGGCUCUUCAUUAGAAGAUGUUAUUUAUCCUGAACUAUCAUACGAUGAUGCAAAAGCCUUAUACGAUAAAGCACGUCGAGAUUAUGACCAACAUCGUUCAUCAUCAUCAUCAUCAUCACGUUAUGAUCGACAUGAUGAUUAUCAUUCGUCACGUAAUAAUAAUAGAAAUCGUUAUGAUGAUCGUGAACAUCGUAGUCGAGACCGGGACCGCGAUCGAGACCGUGAUCGUUAUGUUCGAUCACGUUCACGCGAUCGGGACCGUGAUCGUCGUACAUCACGGGAUGAUACACGCUUUUCAUCAUCACAUCGAAAUGACAAUUAUCGUGGUGGUGGUGGUGGCGGCG